AGUGACGCCGAGCUUUUUAAACCUCCAUCCACUUAUUCUCCAGCCGCAGCCCGACUCUCUGCAGGCCGCCGUCUGCGCGUCAGGACCCGGGCACAGCAGCGCGUCUGUCCGGAGGAACACAACUUUCUACUUCCUCUCGUUUGUGGUUGUGGAGCUCAUGACUGAGCCGCACUGGACGAACUCAUCUGUUCCCUCCCAGAGCCGCUCCUCUUCUUUUUUUUCCUGCCUUCUCUUCUCUUCCCACUCCGCGCUAUAAAAGCGGGGCACCAUGAUGAGCAACAGCGGAUACUUGGAGCCACAGCUGCCGCCUCAGUUCUUCCAGAGCAGCGCGGACAUCUCCGGGGAGGAGGAGGAGGAGAUGCCGGCCACCGAGAAGGACCUGGCCGAGGACGCCCCGUGGAAGAAGAUCCAGCAGAACACGUUCACCCGGUGGUGCAACGAGCACCUGAAGGUGGUGAACAAGCGGAUCAACGACCUGCAGAAGGACCUGAGCGACGGGCUGAAGCUCAUCGGGCUGCUGGAGGUGCUGAGCCAGAAGAAGAUGUACAGAAAGUAUCACUCCAGGCCCAACUUCCGGCAGAUGAAGCUGGAGAACGUGUCUGUGGCGCUGGAGUUUCUGGAGAGGGAGCACAUCCGCCUGGUCUCCAUCGGUGAGUGGAAACCUGCUGAGUCUGGACAUGUUUUACGCACAUUUUACGCAAAACACAAACUGUGCGUGAGAGCUGAGAGACACAGUGAGAAGGAGAUGAGCAGGAAGGUUUUAUUAUUGACAAAAGGACACAUGAGUCCAAAGCACAGAGUAAUGCAGAUUAUUUAUUAAAAACAUAAAAGUCAGAGUUAUUUAUGACUUUAAGACUAUUUGCUGACUUUUUACUUCUUAAACCUUUAACUUAACCCGGAAAACCCCUUAAGUAUUUAUUAAUGAACACAGAUCUACAGGGUCUACUGUAAGAACUUUAAGGGGUUUCUAUCACUGCAACACCUUAUUGCAGCUUUGACACAAUAAAGACUUUGUUAUUGAACUCUAUCAGGACACAGUAACUAAUCUUUACUGUUCGUACUAUUCGUCUUAAGAAAUCCUUUGAUCUACACAAACAGCUCUAAAAGUAACUCUGAUACAAUCCCAUUAAAAUGUCUUA